UGCAACACGUGAACGCAGCCUCGCAGCAGCGCAGUGUUGGGGACGUAGAGCAGCGAGAGCUUCACCGACUUCAGGCUGCUGACGCUCACGCCGCAGUAGGUUGUUUACCCGCUGUUGUUUUAUUCCAACAAACACAAACUAUGGAUGGGACCGGCUGCAACAUCCAGGUGCUCCUUCGGGCUGCUGAGUUUCUGGAGAGAAGAGAUCGAGAGGCAGAACAUGGAUACGCUUCCCUCAUGCCUCUCAGUCCAGAUCACUCUGACAAGAAGAGUAAACAGAAGAGCAAAAAGAUAUCUGCUGGUGGCAAUAGGUCUGUUCACAACGAGCUGGAAAAAAACAGACGAGCUCAGCUGAGGGACUGCCUGGAGCAGCUCAAGAAGCAAGUCCCUCUGUCAUCUGACUCGAUGAGGAACACCACGCUCAACCUGCUGAGACGAGCCCAACUUCACAUUAAGAAACUGAAGGAGCAGGACGAGCGUGCGGAGCAGCUGAAGGGACGCCUGCGCUGGCAGCAGAGGGAGCUGCGGGUUCGGCUGGAGCAGCUGCAGAGAGGCACGGAGAGGAUGAGGAACGACAGCCAGGGGUCGACCAUGUCGUCUGAGAGGUCGGACUCCGACAGAGAGGAUGUGGAGGUCGACGUGGAGAGCAUCGUGUUCGACUGUCUGGACUCUGAUGGACUGAGCAUUACGCACACCGGUGCAGACCACUGUUACUCCAGCAUGGACAAAGCCUGGCUAUGACAGCAGAAAAACCAGUUUAGUCAUGUCACGUCACCAGGCGGACAGGAAGAGGAGAAAAACAUUCCAAAAACAAGCCGACGAAGGACGAUAAGGAAACAGAGGAUGUUACUGUACAAUUGAACACUUUAUUAUUAUUUUUUUACAGGAGUAACUUUUGAUAUUCCCUUUUCAAAAUAUGUCAGACAACAAGCAGAACAAUAAUGUCAUGAAUGAGCUGUGUUCAUUUGCACUGAAUAGCAGUUAAAAUCACUGGGCUGGGAAGGAUGUAACAUUACACGUAUAUAUUUUCUGUCAUCAACCAUUAAUGGCGAUUUCGUCCCUCAGCCACGAGGUGUCUGUAACAACUCAAACAGUUCUACUCAUUUAUCUUGAAGGGCUUUCUUAAAAUCCAAAUAAGGGCUUUUUAUUCAAACCUCUUAACUUAUUCUUGACUACAUUAUGUAUGUCUAUUCUGAAUUCUACCUUAAAUAAGAUUUUGUUUGGUAUCCCAUACAGCUUUUCUUUAGCACUAAGUUCAUAUUUCAGCAAUGCCAUGUGUAGCAUGCACUUAAACAUCAAUUUGUGCUAUCAUUGUCCUAUUAUGUAAGUUAAUGCAGUCACGUCUUUUUCUUCUGUUGCACAAAACCACCACACAUUGCACUUGUUUUUGUUUCAAAAAGAUUGUGGGUAUAUCAAAAUGAAAACUGAACAUAAAAAAAACUGGUCAUGUUUGCACAUUUAUAUCUGGCAAUUGAGCUAACUGUGGCAAAUAUUCAUUUAGCAUAUUUGUACACAAUUCAGUCUGUGAUCAAGUGCAAGAAUUUUGUUGCAUAUGGAGAGAGUACAAUGACAUUAACUGGUAUUCUUCUUAGAGGUGUGCAUUUUAACAACUGUUCACUUCAUUGCUCGUGUAUUUCUCACGUCAAUUAUGCAUGCACCACGGUCUGACAGGUUAUGUCAACUUGUAGUAAUUAUGCAAUUUAUGCUGUAUUACAAGUAUGUAUCAUAUUCAUUGCUAUAUAUUUAAUAACUGAAGGUGCUUUUCCCCUUCACUUUUGUAUGCAAUAUGCCUUAUUACCUUUUUAACAGUAUGUAUGCAUUCAUCUGUCUCUCCGCCCAGUAAUAUAAUGUAGCAUUUUUGUAC